UCUCCGCUGCGUUCCUUUUUGUCACUGUUCCCAUCAAGGAAAAACAUGUGUCGCCAAUGCGCUGGUUGAUGGAGACGUGACACUUGGGAAAUGCAAAGUGACUCACAGUUAGGCGUAUUUAACUGAAUCUGACCAACAAGAUCUCUGCACUCACCAUGGCAUAGUUAAACUGUGUGUGGUAAUCUGGGCGCGCUCUGGUAUCUGGGCGUUCUCUCCUUCGUUCAGAAGAGCACAGUGAGCCUUUUCAUGUCAGUCCAGCAGGAGCAGCAGGAGCAGCAGCACAUCCUAUAUAUCAUGGCAACUGCUGUCACACUCAGGACUGGUGCAAAAAUGCCCAUUGUUGGGUUGGGAACAUAUCGGGGAACUUCUUGUCAGGAGGCACAGGCUGUGAAAGUAGCCAUUGAAGAAGGGUACCGGCACAUGGACUGCGCCUACGUGUACGAGAAUGAGGAACGAGUUGGGGAUGGUAUCCAUGCUGCCAUUGAGGAAGGCCUGGUGACUAGAGAGGACCUGUUUAUUGUCAGCAAGCUGUGGUGCACAUUCCAUGGAAAGUCCAUGGUUAAAAGAGCCUGUGAAAUGUCGCUGAAGGCUCUCAGACUGGACUACUUGGACUUGUACCUCAUGCACUAUCCCAUGGGAUUCCAGCCUGGGGAUGAAACGUUUCCUUUGGAGAAUGAGGAAAUCAUAGCUGAUGACACCAACUUUCUUGACACAUGGGAGGGAAUGGAGGAGCUGGUGGAUGCAGGCAUGGUGAAGGCUAUUGGAAUCUCCAACUUCAACCACGAGCAGAUUGAGGCCAUACUGAAUAAGCCAGGCCUCAAGUAUAAACCUGCCAACAACCAGAUUGAGUGUCACCCCUACCUGACCCAGGAGAAAUUGAUCAACUACUGCAUCUCCAAGGGCAUCUCUGUGACAGCCUUCAGCCCCCUGGGUUCCCCUGGCAGAUCAUGGGCAUGCCCAGAUGAACCAAAUCUGUUGACGGACCCAAAGAUUAAGGCCAUAGCUGACAAAUAUGGGAAGACCGUUUCACAGGUCUUGAUCCGUUUCCACAUCCAGAGAAACGUCGUAGUCAUUCCAAAGUCCGCCACACCCCAUCGCAUAAAGGAGAACAUUCAGGUCUUUGACUUUGAGCUGAGUGAAGACGACAUGAAGACAAUGUUGAGCUUCAACAGAAACUGGAGAGCAUUUUCCAUGAUUUGGGGGAUAAAUCACAAGGAUUAUCCAUUUAAGGCCGAAUACUGAGCUCCUGACGCUGAUGUGCGCCUACCCCCCCCCACCACUGCAGUAAUUUCAAGGACUAAUAAUAGAAAUACUAGAGUACUAACACAAGAACUACUUGUGCUUUGCACCAGAUCAAAAGUUGAAAUUUAUAUUUUAGAUGUGUACUUGUGUAACAUACUGUAUACUGGGAUGUUCACUGACUAACACGUACAAAUGAAAAAGCUAAUGAAAGCAAGGCCAUAGGUAAUACAGAUAUCCUUGCUUAUUUGUACUUUGGGGAACCAGCCACUAACCUUGGCUGAGAUUAUGUUUUUGUACUCCUACUCAGGGUUCUGAGUUUGCAUUUAUUCAUUUAGCUGACACUCUUCUCCAAUGCAACUUGCAAUGUCAGUCUACCUACAAACCUACUUUAGGGGAAAUACUUUGCUCAGGGAUACUACAGCCAGAAGUGGGGAUCAAACCU